UGCUGCGCGCGAUGGCGGCGUCCCCCGGAGGGACCCCGGACCCGGCCGUGGAGGCGCCGGCGCCCCAGCCGGGAGCGCACCCCUCGGAGCCCGGCUCGGACAGCAGAGCUGGUCGCCUCUCAUUCUGUACAAAACUGUGCUAUGGCCUUGGCGGGGUCCCCAACCAGGUGGCCUCCAGCGCCACAGCCUUUUACCUGCAGCUCUUCCUGCUGGAUGUGGCACAGAUCCCUGCUGCCCAGGUGUCACUUCUCCUGUUUGGAGGGAAGGUGUCUGGGGCAGCUGCUGACCCCGUGGCUGGGUUCUUCAUCAACAGAAGCAGGAGGACAGGGUCUGGACGACUCAUGCCCUGGGUCCUGGGCUGCGUGCCCUUCAUCGCGUUGGCCUACUUCUUCCUGUGGUUCCUGCCCCCCUUCACCAGUCUUCGAGGCCUCUGGUACACGACCUUCUACUGCCUGUUCCAGGCCCUGGCCACGUUCUUCCAGGUGCCCUACACGGCGCUGACCAUGCUCCUGACCCCCAGCCCGAGGGAGCGGGACUCGGCCACCGCGUACCGGAUGACCAUGGAGAUGGCGGGGACGCUGAUGGGAGCCGCUGUCCACGGACUCAUCGUGUCGGGCGCCCACGGACCUCACAGGUGCGAGGACGCCGCGCUCCCCGGGCCGGGGGCCAUCUCCCCCGACGCGACUCGUCUCUACUCCAUUGCAGCCGCGGUGGUUGCUGUGACCUACCCUGUGUGCAGUGGUUUGCUCUACCUAGGGGUGAAGGAACAAGCAGACCCCUCUGCCCCAGCCUCCAGCCAGGGCCUGAGCUUCCUGGCUGGGCUGGGCCUCACUGUCCGGCACCCGCCCUACCUGAAGCUGGUGAUCUCUUUCCUGUUCAUCUCAGCAGCUGUCCAGGUGGAGCAGAACUACCUGGUCUUGUUCUGUACACACGCCUCCCGGCUACAUGACCACAUCCAGGGCCUGGUGCUGACCAUCCUGGUCUCGGCUGUGCUGAGCACCCCACUGUGGGAGUGGGUUCUACAGCGAUUUGGGAAGAGGAUGUCAGCCUUCGGGGUCUGUGUGAUGGUGCCUUUUGCAAUCCUGUUGGCUGCGGUACCCACAGCACCCGUGGCAUACGUUGUGGCCUUUGGAUCUGGCGUGAGCAUUGCUGUAUCCUUGCUGCUACCCUGGUCCAUGCUUCCAGAUGUAGUGGAUGACUUCCAGCGGCAGCAUCAGCCCGGCCCAGGCCUGGAGACCAUCUUCUACUCAUCCUAUGUCUUCUUCACCAAGCUUUCAGGCGCAAGUGCCCUAGGCAUCUCCACUCUCAGUCUGGAGUUUGCGGGGUAUGAGGCAGGAGCCUGCCAGCAGGCAGAGCAGGUGGUGGUGACCCUCAAGGUCCUCAUCGGUGCUGUGCCCACCUGCAUGAUCCUCAUUGGUCUCUGCAUCCUCAUGGUCGGCCCCACUCUAAAAGUGCCAAGCCAGGACACCUCUCGCCAGCUGCACUUUCAGAGGAGUACCAGCUACAGCCUUGCUUGAAGUUUGAGACUUCUGUGAGCCGGAGCAGCAGGAGCCAGCAUCUUCUGGGCUCGAAGGCCCCCUCCUUCUCGGCCCUUUAGCACCUCUGCUUUGCAGUUUACAUGUGCCCAUCUUUUUCCCUGGGAUAUGGAGUCUUCAGUGACAUCUCCUGAAGGGACUGGCCUGGGCUCCAGGACCCCCAUCUGUCAUUUCUUGCCUGUUGACCACAGACCAUCUCAGAUAGGCCUGUGCCCCCGACUACCCAGCUCCAGGCAACCUUUGACCUGUUGGGAAAGUGUCCCAGCAGCAACUAUUCCUGGAAAAACGAAGCCCCUACCAGCCUGGCCUGCGGACUUCCUGUGGGAGCACCGGCCCCGACAACCUGCUCACCUGACAGGCUCGACACACGGAGCUCUUGUUUCUCCUGAUGCUGCAGUGGACAUCUGAGAGAGAGGCUGACAGAUGCCACAUGAACGAGCGGAGUGGGGACACAUGGACCUGCUGCGGGUGUCCAGUUAGGAGAGACACAGACAGAUGGACCCCAGAGGGAGCGAAUGGGACAGCCGUGGGAGUGGGAAGACCGAGUGGGGUAUGAGAGGCGUCUCCUAAGCCUUCCCCUUCUUAAGUUGAUGACAUUCUAUUUCUAGAAGUGGACACAGACUACUUGUGGAUAUCGAGCCACCAAAGAUCAAUCAUUUUUAUGAACAAAAGUUAUUUUUGUGGAAAUAUUUUUCUCAAAUUUUAUUUUAUAAAAGCAUAGGAAGCACAGUUUUCUAGAGGCCGUGUGAGAGGCGGGUUCCUUUUUUCCUUUGGAAGAGACCAAAAGUUGAGACUCUAGCAUGGUGCAGGGCAGCGGGCCACGGCGGCUCACGUGGGUCGCAGCCUGCGGAGGAGCCGGGGAACCCGUGGGGGCCCUGAUGCCCCAACAACUUGUCCUAGAGGAGCCCGGACACCUAAAGGGGGGCCAGAAGGUGCAGACCUGCCCCCUGCAUUUCUCCCCGGCUCCCAGUUCUGCCUCUUCCAUGGGGUCCGCUGUCCUGAGCCCAGCGCCUAGGGCUAGGUCCCCUUCCACUUCCUCUGAAGACUUCUGGCUGCCUCUUAGGUGCAGGACUCACACUCGGACAGGCUCUGCUCUGUCAGGGACU